AUGGAGUACCUGAAACUUGAAUUCAGAGCGGUCUCUGAAGAAGCCAAGGACAAUGUUGCCGCCAAUGGAAGGGACACGGAGCAAGUCCUUGACGCAACGAAGGAUGGGCUUGAAAAUCUCAGAAUCGCUAUUGAAGGCUACGUUGACCGGGUGUCCGGUGCUGCUGGCCAAGAAGAAUUCAUGGAUAACUUGUCAAGGACUAUGGACGAAUUCAAGGAGGAAGUCACACGAGCUGUCACCAUGGCCAACGAGAGCUCGCGCGGUGAGCUCCAAACUCAACUGGAAGGGCUCCGUGAUAUUGUCAACUCUUCCAUGGUUCCUGCGUCUGCCCCGGCCAUUCCAACUGGACACAAUCAAGAAGUCUUGGAGGCUCUGCAUAACGGGCUGACGAGCCUUAGGCAAGAAAUCUUGCGCCCUCGACCCGAGACAGGUGACAUUUUGGAUACCAUACAGGAUGGGUUGAGCGAGCUCCGCACCGCAUUUGAACGACUUAUCAUGGAAGGCGUCAUCAGCAAAUCAUCGGAUAUAACUGGCAAUGACGAAGUCUUGGACGCACUCAAGUCCGGGUUGGAUGGUGUUAGGUCGGAUAUUGAAACCCUGCGAGACAGCAGCACUGAGAGGGCAGUCGCCGCAGUGCCAGCUGUUCAAGACGAAGAUACCAGUCGCGCAAUCAUUCCCGCCGACAUGGUGAAGCAGGACGACAUUAAGAAUCUCGAAGUCCUCAUUACCCAGCUCAGAAUCAAGGUGGAGGCGAUGGAACCGGAUGCCGAGACAGUUCAGCGGGACGAUUUGAGUCGCCUGGAAGAUAUGCUUCGCAAUGUCCAGGAAAAUGUUCAAGAAAUUUCGACUCGAGAAACCCCUGCUGCCGCUCCACCUGCCGAAGAAGCCCGAGAUGCCACCCCGGCGUCCAACAGUGAUGCCGCCUCCAAGGAUGAUGUGCAAGCCAUUGAGACUAUUCUCCGCAACACCAAGGCUAGUCUGGACGACCUCAUUGAAGGUGAACAAGCAGUUCGUAAAGAGCAUCUUGAUGCUAUUGAGACUCAUGUCCUCGAGACUCGCGAGACCAUGACUUCCAUGUCGGAGCAGCUGUCCACCAUCUCACACAAGGAGGACUUGAAUGCUUUGGCGACUCUUGUGACACAACUCAGCCUUGGUCUUGAAGAAUUGAAGGAGCGAAGUGAAAGAGCCGUGGCGUCAUCCGACGAGGAGAUGGCCACGAGGACUGGAGUUGAAGCGGUCGAAGCACAUGUUCUGGAAAUCAAGACUACGCUUGACGGCUUGGGUAGCACCGAUUUUGCUACCAUUUCCAACAAGGAGGACAUUUCCAAUUUGGAGACUAUUCUGAAGGAAGCCAAGGAGAAGAUUGAUGCACAUACCGACUCGACCGCCCAGGCCCUUGAUGAUCGCCAAGCUGAAAUCGUCGGUGUCGCCGAUCGUGUAACCGAGGUCAAGACGUUUUUGGAAGAAUUUCAGGAAGCCAUUAAAAGCAAGCUGGAAGAUGGCUCAACAGGCCUUGAUGCUGUUGGCAAGCUUCUCGAAGGAAUGGGCGAGAAGAUUGAUAAGAAUGAGAAUGUUGGCUCCGACCUCAAGGAGAUGUUUGAGACAAUGAAGACGCAGUUUGAGGAGAACAAGGAAGUCGUCGCCGGUGCCCGACUAGAGUCAAAUGAGAAGCUCCAGGAGGCAGCGGACAAUAUUGGCACAAAGAUUGACGACAAAAUCACAGAGCUGAUUGCCAAGUAUGACGAAUUCAAGGCCACGUUGGACGAAAAGAGCGAGGCCAGUGAAGCCCGAGAAAUCGAGACUGAAGCUGCCGUUAUCAGCACAAAGUCUAUUGCGGAAGAUUUGAAACUCCUCAUUGAUACUCUAGGUUCGACAGUCACAGACUCCUUGGAGAAGAUGGAGGAAGCUUCCAAGACAGUCUUUUCCAAGGUCGAGGACCUCACCACCCGUGCUGAAGAGAGCCAGACUGAAGGAAAGACUGAGCACCAGCAGACCCGAGAUCACGUCCAGCAGGCCAUCACCGCUGUUGAAGGCUUGCAAGGCGAGAUGAAGGAGUACCAACCCCAGAUUCUUGAGGCUGUCAAAGACAUUCUCUUGCUGGUUGGAGAGCACUUUGAACACUCCAAAUCCGCCACCACCGACCUUCAAGACAAGAUUGCCGAGGCCAAGCCAAUUGAGCAAGCAAUGCUCCCACAGCCCGAGAAAUAUGACGACUCGGUCGUGCAGGAGAAGCUCAGCCUGAUUGCGGAUCAAAAGUAUGAUGAUUCCGAGGUCAAGGAGAGGCUGGAUAGAUUGGCCGAGCAACGGUACGACGACAGCGUGGUCAACCAGAAGCUUGAUAAGCUUGUAGACCACAGCACGACGUCUGCUCAGGCAUUUAGUCAGCUGGAGACUCUAGACAAGGUACAUCAGUCUGUGGUCAAUACUGCUGCUGAAAUAUCACAGUUCCUGUCUUCUCAGACGCAGCGGAUUGAAAAUGACCAUGACGACCGAGAGAAGACGCUCCAGGAAACUUCUGUUGAACUGGAGCGUAAGCUUGCGGAACGAGAGCACAUGGAAGCAGCCAUUCUUAGUCUCAAGGAUGAGGAGGAUAGACUCCGUGCGAGUGUCCUGAACCUGCGGACGGAGCAGGAGAGCUUAAUCAGGCAAAAGACGCGACUGACUGGCGAUGUGUCGUCACUGGAGACAGCUUUGCGUCUGCGCAAGGAAGAGCUGUCAGAUAUGGAGUACCGUGCUGAGAGGUUGGAGCGACGCAUUGUGGAAGGCGUCAUGGACCAUUCCCGAGUCCUGCUAAUGGCCAAGGGCAACAAGAGCCGCGAUGCCAUGAAUCGCAAGCGCGUCAAGAAGCCUGUCGCGGAAGAGGGAGAAGCUGGUAGCACGAAUAAGUCAAGCCGGCCUGCUGUGAACAUGGCGCUGUCGACCAAGCGAAACCUCGGUGUGCCUGCACAGAACGGAUCUGCCAGACGAAUUGCGUCUCUCAGCCAGAUGAACAGCAACUCGCCGUCUGCUCUUGUUAAGAGAAGCCAAAGCGUACGAACACCAGCUGGCAAUGCCCUCCGAAAGCGCAGCUGGGGUGGUGGUCUAGCCAAGGGUUUUGGAGAGGAAGACAAGGAGAAUCUCGGUGUUCGCGAGACAGUAGAGGAGCUCGAGGAACCUGAAACAGCCGUCCCUUCGCCAGCGGCAAGCACCCUUGAGUAUACAGUGGAUAAUGAUUCAGCACUUGACUCGCUGGUGGACGACGACGGUGAAGGUAGUGACACUGGGACAUUGAGGAGGAGCAGUGUUGGCACGACGGUCAUGUCAAGCCAGUAUACCGAGUCAGAGGCUGGGACGUACAGCGAGUACGAUGGGACAGAAAGCGACUGGACGGAGAGUCAGGUCGGAACGGACGUUGGAGCUGAGACUGGGCUAGUUGUAUAUGGGCAGUAG